AUGGCCGCUUUCGAACGAACGAAAUGUGGAAGCUUUGUGUUGUUCAAACCAAGUGAAGAACAACGUAGAGCUGGAAUGAAAAGUGAGCAAAUCCAGAUGUAUUUGUUCAAAAAGAUGGAGACGGAGUUCCAUAAAAAUAGAGGAUAUCGAAAAUAUAUUAACGAAUUGGAGACUGAUGUCAAAAAAUAUGUGCUGAAAGAGUACUACAGAAUGAUGAGGAAUGAACACGUUGGAAAUCAGAUGGUCUCACCGGCUCCCAGGUUAGUUCCACAGGAACGGGCGGUCAGUGUCUGCUCUCCAGUUCGAAUUUGCCGUCUUUCCUUCGGCAUGCCAUGCAAUUGUGUCAAUAAUACAUAUUGUAGAAACCGUAAUAAAUCCCCCAUCGAAGAAACUCCUGUGGAAGAAACUCCCCGUCCUCAAACUCCUCGUUUUGAAGCUCCACUCGAUGAACCGUGUACACCAAGAAGUGCUCGUUUAAGAAAUCGAAGAAAUCGGGAUUUCGAGACUCCAGUGAGCGAUCGUUCAGUAUCAAUGACGCCAGCUCCGAGAGGUCGCAAGAGGAAAGCAGAAGCUGAUGAUGCCGUGGAUUACACAUCAAUGGAUUACCCAAAACGUCCCAAAUUCUCGACGCCACUCAACAAAAAAAGAAGACGAACAGAGCAAGAUGGUACAAGCAACAGUUUUGAGUUGUUGGACUUGGAAUUGAGUCCGAUUCAAGCGAAUUCAAGCACAUCAUCUUCAUCGUCCAGCAUCAAUUCUCCACUUGGCGCUCUGGAUGUCCCAUGUUUCUCGGAACAUUUCAUCGAGCAUCCUCCAGCCUUGGCGUGUGUCAAAUCGGAGCACGGAGGACUUCCACCAGGCCCACAUCUCUCAAUUUCGAAAGCAGAAGCUCGGGAAGCCAGAAAAAUCAGAAAGAAGACUGAUGAGAAAUGGGCGGCCGCGUUUCGAGGCAAAAUCCGCCAGAGCAGUCUUCUAUUUGAAGAACUUGGAGAGAAGCAUGGAUUCUGGCAGCUCUUGGAUCCAAAGAUGCCAAGACAGAAGAAUGAUCUGCUUCGAGCAGAGAUUUCAGUCAUCCUCAAAAAAUGGGGAAAAGUUUUCGACCGUCGAGGAAUCGAUGAGAGCAAAGUGGAGAGUUUCGUGGCGGCUCGAGACAAGUUGAAGAAGAGAAUCGGGAAAGAGCAGGCUCGAUCUGCUCUCAGAAUUUUCCCGGAGCAAUAUUCAAGGAAACUGAGUGAAGCGUUCGAUAAGUUCCCGAGGAACUAUCCGAUGUUCUUCGAAGAGACGCUCACUGUGAAUGUUGCAUCUGAUGUGAUCAAAGAAUUCUACGAUCAAGCAGAAGAAAAUCGAUUGAACCAAUCCACUCAAGAGGAGGACCUGGUAACCAACGGAAGUUCACUCUCGAACCGAGACGUCUCUCCUGGAACCCUUUCUCGGCUGGAAGAGGAGAAAGCAAGUCGCCGAAUGGACGAAUCAAUCAAUUUUGUUGCUCAUCCAUUUGGACAACUUCUGGAGAGAAGAGAAGACGUCCAAGAAGAAUUGAAUGUUGGGGAGAACGGAAGUUUUUCUCAGGAGGAGUUGGCUCCUGUGGAGAAUGGAGAAGCUGCUCAAGAAUACCAGGAAGCGAACGGAGAUGAGUUCCAAGAAGAAUUGGAUGUUGAGGAGAACGGAGAGUUCGCUUACGAAGACAUGGUUCCUGUAGAGAAUGGAGAAGCUGCUCAAGAAGAAAACCAGAACGCAGCAGACGGAGAUGAGGCCCAAGAGAUGAAUGAUGAAAUCGUCGAAGUAAUCGACGAUAUCGACGAUGACAUUGAAAUCAUCGAGCCACCGCCAAGAAGGGUCUUCGUUGCUCCAAUCAUACGUCUGGAUCCCGACAUGAUCCCGUUCGGCGGAUAUCAACAAGCGGAACUUGAACAACCACCGAUUGAUAUCGAUGUUCUUCCUCCUGUCAGACAAAUUGAUAGAAGAUUCUGGCAUGACGAUGAUGAAGAUGACGAUGAUCUACAAAUAGUGGAAGAGCCAGAGGUCCAGAUAAUACCUCCCGCAGCAAACAAUGAGGUUGCCGACCCUGACAUUCAAAUAAUUGCGAUAAAGGAGAAAGAGGUAAUAAAACUUAUCAUUCCCAAAGGCGCAACAAAUAAUUGGAGCUUAUGGACGGCUCCACAAGUCCACGAUUGGGCUGUCUCGGUUCUGAAACUCCAUGAGGAUUAUUAUGGAAGCAAGGAUCGAAAGACCGAUCUGCGACUGCUCCAUGAUGUCGUUGGAGAACAGCUCCACAACAUUGUGCAGAACCGAAACUGGAGAGGAUCUCAGUACGCAUUCGACACCAUUGUGAAACAUCUCCAAAAGGUGAUUGAUGCCUUUAACGCUCAAAAUCGUUGA